UAAACCAAUCGGCGCACAGCUCGCUCCCGGGUCAUCACUUCAACUUCCAAGCGGGAAGUGGAAGCGCUGUCGCAAGGGGUCCCGAAUAAAUGACAUAUGAAGAUGAAACUCUCCCGUGCGGAAUACAAGGAGAUAGUGAGAUGGAUCGAGCCACUGAGACCAACACGGCAGUGCAUGAAGAUGUUAAGGGAGAGAUUUCCAAAUCACUCGCAGUCCACUCUUCUGAGCAUCUUCUCCCUGGAGUACCAGAAACGAACCAAAAGGACAAUUUCGAGGCACCACGCACCUGACGUCAUUGAAAGCCACUACCAAAGGUAUCUGAGCGAGGCCACGGCGCAUCCCUCUGCUCCCGUCUUGCUGGAGUUGGCCAAUGAGGUGGAUUUGUCUCCUGCGCUGAUGGCUCGCAUCAUCCUAGACAGGUUCCUUCAGGACCUGGAGGGCGAAAUGCCCUCCAAAUCAGUCCUCAACAGCAUGCUCAAGGAACCGUCAUUAAUACCAGACCAAACCUUGGCCAAGAACGUAUACCAAUGCACAGUAAACGACUGCUGUUAUGGACCACUGGUAGACUGCAUCAAACAUGCGAUUGGCCAUGAGCACGAGGUGCUGCUCUGUGACAAACUCAGGGAGAAAAAUUUGUCCUUUCUGGAUGAAAACCAACUGAGAGCAAAAGGUUACGACAAAACACCUGAUAUCAUUCUGGAAGUCCCCGUUGCCGUUGAGGGACACAUUGUUCACUGGAUUGAGAGCAAAGCGUCAUUUGGAGAUGACCACAGUCACCGCACUUAUCUCAACGAACAGUUUUGGAGCUACUGGAACAGAUUCGGACCGGGACUUGUUAUCUACUGGUACGGUUUCAUAGGUGAGCUGGACUGCCAGAGGGACCGAGGCAUCCUACUCAAAGACUGCUUCCCGACGGACAUCGUCGUCCUCGGACGGACCGCCCAGCAGGACUGACGAGGCCAGUCGCGGGCAAAAGGGCGAGGACAUAAAUUUGGUGGCGACGUUGGGAGGAACGAUUGUCGAGGAUGGCGGCGCAGGAAGGGUAGGAACAGAAACGCCGAAAUCCGGAAGUAAUUUAGCUUUCCUGCUUGGGAGUGGAAAACCUCUGCCGCCCUGAACUCCGCUUGACCCUCACUCUCCGUCUGCCGCGACUUUCCUGGCUGCUUGGCUUUUGCUACAAAGUACAAAUAGGCGCC